GGGAGGUAGAGGCUAGUUGAGUUACCGCAGGGGGGAGGUAGAGGCUAGUUGUGCCUCUACAUUAAGUGCCAAGGCCUACAGUAGGGUCUAGGGUUAGAUAAUGUGUAUUGGUGCAGGGUCCAUGUCAGUAAAUGUUGUAUAUUCAGACCUCUGGUGAAAACAUGUCCUAUAGCUGUCAUUCACAGAAUAAUUUCAACCUGGACGAUGACCACCACGCAGUCAUCCAACAAUAUAGAAAUCAGAGUGGGGCUAAUUUAUUUCAACCUGUUCAAAACACAGAUUACCAGAAGAGAGAAACAAUAGGCUGUCACACAGUCCUGGACAAAGAGAGGAGGCAUAUUGUGCGCUUUUACAGUAGAGCUGCAUUGAGCAGGUGAUACUGGAACUAUCCUGAGGGGUGUACUGUAGGUGUGGUGGAUAGAUUAUGCUUUACAUAGAGAGAGACGGAGAGCACCGAGCUAGUCUGUUCCAGACUGGCAAAAACCCUAGAGAUGCAGAGAGAGGGGUGGUGGGGUGCAGAACACACCCAGAGCCAGUGAACAGAAUGUUUCACAACCAGGGGUGACUGGUGUGUCUGUGUUCCAGAGUGUAGAAGAAUAGAAUAGAGAAAGAUCAGGAGCUGAGAGAACACCCCCUGGUGUUGGUAGUGUUGAUGUCACUAUAGGAGGAGCUCUCUGUCCACUCACACCCAGUCCAACCCUGGUCUUCUCUUCCUUUCCUCCUCUACUCCUCUGGGAUUGACCUGACCCCUAUUCCUCUCAUCUCCCAUUUCUAUAAUUUCUUCCUCUUGUCCUCCGUGUGGAGCAGUGCUACAGAGCCAUGCACCCCCAGCGUCCUCUUCCCCAGGCCAUGCCCUCCUCCCUCGGGCAGAACCUGCGUGACAUGGCCAUGGGCCUAGGCAGAGGGAAGAACUUCCUUGGUGGUAACAUUGCCUACGGCUUCAUCCAGUCCCUCAAGGAGUGCCUCUACUUUGUACUCUGCUGCUGGUGCAUCAAGGAGAUACUGGACUGACUGACUGAGACGCUACGAGAGGGAGAGAGGGGCACGAGGGUGAGGUUCUCUUUCCUGCGUGUCUCUCUGGACGUGUUUCUCUCUUCCUCCUUUUCACUCUUUCUCCUCCGUUUUUCUCUCACCAGCUAAGAUGUUAAACACAGCGUGUGAAGCGGUGUAAGUAUGAGUCUUGUCAUUACAUACAUUAGAUACUGUGCAUAGUUUGACUCCAAAAUAGAAGAUGUUUGCCAAACUGUUUUCUGACAACAUAAUUUCCUUUCAGCUACGGUACAUGUCACCUGUUAAAUAUUCUACCAAAUAUGUAGGACUGUGUAGUAUGUUAUGGUUUACAUGUUGUACUAUAUGGCCCUGGUGUGUGGAUUUGCUCCUCUUAGUGCCCAUGAUGCAGUUCUGUAUUCCUGCCUGGAGGCUUGAGAAACUGAUGUGCUGCCUGGUGUAUCAGAGGAUCUCUGUUAUUCUCUGAUCCUGAGUCAGUCGGUCUGGAGACCUGCAGUGUGUGUGUGAAGAAUCGUCUUAACACCAAUCAGCUGAUCCUAGACCUGUGGAGAAACCAAACCUGUGAGGCAAUGGACAUGGCUAGUGAUGCUGCUUAGGUCACAUUUAAUUCCAAGUUUUAUUAAUUUCUGUACAGUCUUAAUAUGCAAGGAAUAAAAAUGAAUGUAAUAUCUGA